ACAGACUUCGCCUGUGAUGAACCUGCUGAUAGAUUCCUUACCUAUGAAUUAAUACAUAUCUCAGAGCUUAAGUAUUUCGCUUGGAUCUUAGUCGUUCUCAGGUAUGAAUUUUUAAUUUCCUUUCAAAAUAAGUAUCACGUGUUCAUUAACUUUUAUGAUAACUCAUUAUACUUCUCAAAUGAACCAGUUACUCAUGUAUGAAUUGUUAGAUAGCCAGACACAAUUUCAUAUCUGCCUGCAGUGUGUUUAAAUUAUUAUAACCCUCUUAAUGACAAUCUAUUAUAAAUUGUCGUCAUUUACAUGUGUUAAUGACAAAUGGCUUAUAUGAAAAAGUAUAGUGUCAUUCCCAUUUUUGUGUGGUGUGUGUCCCCAGGACUUUUAAAAUAACCUGAAAAUAAAAGUUCCUCUUUAAAUAAAUAAAAAAAAAAAAAAAGAAAUUCAUCAAAUUAAACCCUUAGACUGGCAAUACUACUUCUUAGAGGUCUUCUACUGGCUGCAUAUUAAAGAUAAUUGGACAAUAAUAAAACUGGCAUUGGCCAGCAAUAAACACACUUAAUUGUUAAGUUUUAAGGAUUCAGCUUAAAACAACCAGAAAUUCAAAGACCACAGGACAUGUUUUAUUGUGUGCAUCUAAUGAAACAACAUCUUGUUAUGUUCAGAUACAUGCAGCUGCCAUCACAAAGCUGCAGGUGAGGCAUUGCAUCAGCUGUCCAGCCCCUGGAAUUGCCAGCUAUAUAACCCCUGAGACAGGUCUCCAGAUGAGAGAUGGUCAGGGUCCUGCUUCCUACUGCCUCCCUCCCACCAGCACCACAACCUGCCUGACCAUGAGAAAUUGUUCCUAUCCCUUUUCUAGAACAUGAGGAGAGGAGAGGAGAGGAGAGGAGAGGAGAGGAGAGGAGAGGAGAGGAGAGGAGAGGAGAGGAGAGGAGAGGAGAGGAGAGGAGAGGAGAGGAGAGGAGAGGAGAGGAGAGGAGAGGAGAGGAAAAAGUCACUGCUACUAAAGUGUGACAAGGCUUGAACCUGACUGAGACGUAGCAUUUCUACUCUAUUAAUUCCAUGUAAUAGCAGAGGAAAAGGAAGAUGUGUGAGGAUAACUGAGAGACAACAGAGAAGCAGGUCUUUGUGGCUAAAAGACAGAGUUAGAACCAAAUUCUAUAGAGGAGGUUGCUAUAAACAUCUUCUAAAAUUAACCUGGUGAACUGUCGGGGUUGGUGAGAUAGGAGCAUUCGUGUACGUGUAAGGGGAAGCAUGAAAUUGUAUUUCAUAUCUUAAGAAGUAGUAAGUUCUUCUUUUUCUUUCACAAAAGUUUCAGAAAAUCUUUUGAAAAUUAUGUUUGGAAAUCCCUUUUUUUUCCCCCUCAGUUCCUAUGUACACGCUUGUAUGAAAAUUUCCACUCACUUUUCAAAACAGAGAUGUAAAGAUAAUCAAUGAAGUGUAGAGAUGCAAAGCUUUCUUCAAGAUUUUUUUUUUAAUUUAUUUUGAGCAAUUGGGGCUGAGGCAGCUUCUGGGAUCUGCAUUUCCUUUGAUUUGGAGUGUUGUUAUCCUGCUUUGGGAGGAAUGUGCAUUUUACUGCUCCUGUAUGCAAGUGAUGUGAGAUAACUCAUGCCUGGGAAUUGGCUUGCUCCAGGGCUAUUUUGGACCAACCCAUCACAAGGGCCUGCAUUGCAUUUUGGGCAGCAGGAUUUCAGAAGGUACCUAUUGCCUUCCUGAGCUCUGUGUUUUUGGAGGUGGACUGAGCUCCUCACAAUCCACAUGAAGUUGAACAGGAGCUUUAGAAAUUUAGCUUUGGAAAUCAGAUGAUGGUAAUUUAAAGGUGCUCAUCUGUAAUUUUCAUCCUUUUGUGAUGCACUGUUUUCUGUACUGAGGAUGGGGGUGGCAGGAAGUCCUCGCUUGUCCAUUUUUGUGAGAGGCAGAUCAUUUCAUAGGAUGUGAGUGUUUGCUAAAUGAAACUUUUAGGAAGUUUUGUGCACUUAAGAAAACUAAUUGUCCAGACAAACCAUAACUGACAGAAGAGAGAGAGGGAAAGGGGUUAAUUAUAGGAACUUGACCAUUACAGAAGAACAAUUGAAAUACAGAAGUUAGAAAUAAUAUUUUCUUUCCCAGCUUGUGUAAGUACAUGCUUCCUCCGUUCCAGGGACCCACUGCUAUCCUAUCACCUCAGUCUUCAAACAUUCUUCUGUGAAUUCUUCUUACUGCUGUUAUGGUCUUAUGGACAUUAAGUCUUUUUUUUUUUUUACUUUUUUAUCCCAGGAAAUCCUGAUUAUCACAAAUGUUCCAUUUUCAAAGUAUUUAACAUGCUCUAGGUGAGCUGUAGACAUGGUAUUUUGUAAUGCAAAUACUGCCAGAUUAUUUCUUCUCUACAAUGAGGAGAGAUACCUGUGCCAGCUCUCCAUUCUCUUUUUGCUUUCUAGAGGAGAAUGGAAACUUCAGGAUAAGCAAAAUGACCAGCAGCUCUUAGGAACUUGAGAAAUCUUGUUCCUCUUUAGACGUUCUCUGUAGUGCUCACUGGGUCUGUUUCUUCCUCUUUGAGAACACUGCAGACAAAGCACACUAAGCACACUGAAAAGUAGAUGAAGUCUUUUAUGACUUUGGAGUGUGGUAUUUAACUUCAAUUUUCAGAAACACUGAUCUGCCAACUGGUUCAUCACAGGUCCCUGAAAAUAACUGAUAAUAUUGCUGCUUCCUAUAUCAAAGCUUCUAGAUUGUCUCUAGACAUUUUUUCUGUCAGUGAAGAGACACAGCUCCCAAACCCUGUUCCAUUUUGCAGGAAUGGUGCUCAGCACCAACAUUUUUGAGAACCCUCCUUUUGAAUAUACUUAUUACAAAGUGCUUCACUGGUAGCUUCUGGAGCUAAAAACCACUAUGGGACAGUGGCAGAGCAAGUAACUAAAGGCAUACUUGGCUAUAGCUUAUAAAAGUAAGUAGUUGUAGACAAGUUUUCUUCAAGGCCUGUCAUUCACAUUUCUUUAACUACUGUCAUUCUCAUUUUUGUUAUCUUUUAUCUCUUUGGCAGGGGAAGCAAAGAAGUCCUCACUCUUGCAAGUGUUAGUGUAUAGGUAGUAAUGCAGGGUAGGCUUAACACCGUAUGCAUAGAGGCCUUAGUGAUUUAAUGCAGUUUGCCAUUUCACUUGUGAGACAUUUCACUGAGGUAUUUUCUCAAGGAGUUUUAUUUGAAUAAAUGUCACUGUGGCAGUUUUCUUUCUCCCUUCCUCCUUUUCUCUCUCUCUCUGCUUCUUUUACUUUGAAUGCCUGUUUUCAUAAACCCACCACUGCUUAGACAACAAAGUGACCUGAUUGGCAGCAAAGCUGAAUGACUCGGAUGAAGAGACAAAAACCAGUGUUGUACACUUAAGACAGGACAAUAAUUCCUUGUGAAUGUUUUCAAGAAGGAUGCUGGCAUCCAGCCUUCAUGUGGCACCAGGCAGUAUUAUCCCUACAGUGCCUUGGUCUGUGUGCUAGGCUUCUUCCAGAGCUCCAACAUGGGAGGCAAACUGAGCAAGAAGAAGAAGGGGUACAGCGUCAAUGAUGAAAAAGCUAAAGACAAAGACAAGAAGGCUGAAGGAGCAGCAACUGAGGAAGAGGAGACUCCAAAGGAGGCUGAGGAUGCCCAGCAAACCACAGAGACCACAGAAGUGAAGGAGAACAAUAAAGAGGAGAAGGUUGAGAAGGAUGCUCAGGUCUCUGCCAAUAAGACAGAAGAAAAAGAAGGGGAGAAAGAGAAAACAGUGACCCAAGAAGAAGCCCAGAAAGCAGAACCGGAGAAGUCAGAGGCUGUUGUCGAUGCAAAAGUAGAGCCACAGAAGAACAAUGAACAGGCACCCAAGCAAGAGGAGCCAGCUGCAGCCUCUGCUCCUGCUGCCAGUAGCGAAGCACCCAAAACUUCUGAGCCUAGCAGCGAUGCAAAAGCUUCCCAGCCUUCAGAAGCCACAGCUCCCAGCAAAGCAGAUGACAAGAGCAAAGAGGAAGGGGAAGCCAAAAAGACUGAGGCUCCCGCAACGCCUGCAGCCCAAGAAACUAAAAGCGAAGUGGCCCCAGCUUCAGACUCAAAACCUAGCAGCAGCGAGGCUGCACCUUCUUCCAAGGAGACCGUAGCAGCCACAGCAGCACCUAGUUCCACUGCCAAGGCCUCGGACCCGUCAGCCCCACCAGAGGAAGCGAAACCUUCUGAAGCCCCAGCGACUAAUUCGGAUCAAACCAUAGCAGUGCAAGAUUAAAUUGGACAGCCUGUUGAAACAACCACUUAAAACAACCUGUGUCUUUUUUUUAUUUUUUCAGCUAUACUAACUCAUUUCAGAUCUGAAAUAACAAAAAGUAUUGCCCAGAAAGAGAAGGAAAAAAAAGGAAAAAAAAGGAAAAGGAUGUCCCAUCAAGUUGGGAGGGAGGGAGGGGGGAGAAUCCAAAUAGUAUUUUUGUGGGGAAAUAUCUAAUAUACUUUCUGCCAACUUGACACAAGUCCUGGAUUUAAAAAAAAAAAAAAAGAAGAAGAAGUAAAAUAGAUGGAUGUCUGAAAGUACAGCACAUCUUUUGUAUCUGAACUGCUGUAAAUGCACUCCACCAAUGUAUCAAAAUCUUCUUUUUGUUCUGUAAUGGGGUUUGGGAGUGAUGCGUUUGAUUCUGCCCACUGGGUUUGUGCCAAGGCAAUCAGAUCUUUAUGAAAGCAGUAUUUUCUGUGGUUUUUUUAUUUACAGCCUUUCUUAUUUUGAUAUUUUUUUUAUGCAGUGGAUGAAUGCCAACUUUCAGACAAAACCCACUUAGCUGUCCACAUAUUUCUCAAUGCCAAUCCUCCAAUUCUUCCUCUCCAAAUAUUUUUUGGGAGUAAAAAGCAUUCUCAUCCUACUUAGCCUUCCUAGAUUUCUCAUGACGAGUUAAUGCAUGUCCGUGGUUGGGUGCACCUGUAGUUCUGUUUAUUGGUCAGUGGAAAUGAAAAGUCUGCGUUCAUUGCAGUUCCAGUUUCUCUUCCAUUCUGUGUCACAGACACCAACACACACUCAUUGGAAAACAAAUGAAAAAACAAAAUGUACAAUGGAUGCAUUGAAAUUAUAUGUAAUUGUAUAAAUGGUGCAACAGUAAUAAAAGUUAAAUAAUUUAAAAAAUAAAAAA